UACAAAAUGGUCUGUAACGAAAAUGAAAUCUGACAUCCCUACCAACAACCGAAGGAACGAACCGUACAGAAUACCAAUCCCAAAAUACCAAUACACCUUCUUGAAACCACAUCACUUUUGCAAGUGUCGAAACAGUGCCGAAAUUAUUGACGUGUAGAACAAGUGAGUGCUUCGACACUACUCGAGGAUCGCCGCGAUGCUUGCAGAGCGCUCAGGGCUCUUUCGAAAAAAAUAUCGCGUGGAAGUGAGAGCCCAAGGUAUGCACGCUCUUCUCCAAGUCAUGGAAAUGGAUAGAGCCGAUCCGGAGAUAAUUGGGUACUGCUUGGACACCCUCUGUCAUAUCACUUCUCAGGAACAGUUCGAAGAAGACAACCCGGACAACCCAAGCGUGACGGUCAACAUAGGAGAACAAUUUACGGAGAUGUUCCUCAAGUCGAACGAGAAUGUGAGCUUGAUUUUGAAUUCUCUGGAAGAGUACGAUUUUUGGGUUCGCUGGUCGGCUAUUAAGUUGUUGACCAGUUUGUUAGCAAACAAAACGAAGGACAUACAGGAAAUCGUUCUUGUUAGCCCAAUGGACGUUUCCAAGUUGAUGGAUUUGCUGGUUGACAGCCGAGAAGUUAUUAGAAAUGAUGUAUUGCUACUGUUGAUACAGCUUACCAAAGGAAACGCAAACAUCCAAAAAAUUGUAGCUUUUGAAAAUGCUUUUGAUCGAUUGUUUGAUGUUAUCAAGGAGGAAGGAUGCGCAGAUGGUGGAAUUGUCGUGGAGGAUUGUUUAUUUCUGAUGAUGAACUUGCUUAAAAACAUUCCCAGUAAUCAGCAGUUCUUCAAAGAAGGAUCCUACAUCCAGCGGUUGGCGCCAAUGUUUGUUAUUUCACAGGUUUCGUCACUAACUUCCGGUCAACUUUUGUGCGGGGGACUGUUCAGCAACCAUCCGCUCUCCAAUUGGUUCUCGGCUGUUUCUUUAGCGCAUGCCCUCAUUGUUAGUUAAGCGAGAAGGUAAUCAUGUUGAGUUCAAUGGCCGAGUAUUGGCUAACAUCAAUUCAACCGUACGAUAGUAUGAUAAGGAUUUGCGACAUGAAUGUAGCCAUUGUAAUAUCGUGUUGGCAUUAUAUUGUAGAACCAAUGGUAAACUAGAUUAAUGUUCUUUUUCGAACAGGCGACUUCAUUUUGG